UUCAUUAUCCAGCAGCCGGAUCUAGCCUCCUGACAUUCCCAGACCGGCAGACGGGAGCACCAGAAACACCAGCACCAGCACCAGCACCAGCACUACAGCCAAGGCAAACCCUACUAACCACCUGCUCGUGUGUUUCUGCUGCGGCACACUGAAGACUGGGGACGCCUGUUGUGCUACUGCCCCUCUCACCUCGCUCGGCGUUGCGUCCCAACCGCACACGACGCUGCCACAUCGAUUCUCCCCCGAAGUCAAUCAACUACUCUAGCCACCACACUCAAGGUUACGAGGGCCACGAUUCCUGUCUUUGACAUCGGACGCGUGUCCUCCGUCCCAAGUACCUCUUCAGCGACCUCUCCUCUUCUUCAACAACAUCGUUCAAACUGUCAUCCCGCUUUGUCUUCACAAACCCCCGGCGGGCUGGCAGGUCGUCAUCAUUAAGCUCUUCACCCCUUUCUGCCUAGCCGACGGCCGCUAAGAACCAAGCCGAGAGAGACACCUGAGAGUUCAAAGGGCCUCUGCGGCGGGCCUGCUUUAUUCCUGACGCCGCUACUGCCUUGGAGACGAGGUACUUUACACUCGCUGAGGGCCUCGAUCGUGUGGCUCGCCGCAUGAUGCACGAUCAGGCAAGCAACGGCGGCGAUCAAGCUGCACCUAUCAAGACACAAGAAACUCCAGUCCCAAUGUCGUCCUCAAAUUCAGUCCCCAUCAUGAACGCCCCUGCGCCCCUCCUCCGUCCUGCCAUACCUGGUUCGCGGGGAGGUGCGCGCACACCGAGACUCGGGCUCGCUAUACCACCGUCUCCCAAUGUGAAACCUGUGACCAAUCCAGCCGGCGGCGCUCCCCAACCCCAGAAGGCUUCACGACCUGCCCCGCCCACACUGAGCAUUGCCACGCCGAUGGGCAGCAUUGGGCCGCCUCAGGAACAACAGCCCGGCAGAUCGGUUGCCCAGCCAGGCCACAGCGCGAGUAGUGGCAGCGAGAUCAGUGCCGCACACAGCCGGACCGACAGCUUCGGAGGCCGUGGCAGCAACCCCACCUCAGCCGGAUCGCAGUACUCGAACCUGUCCUUUGUGUCACAAUAUGGUCUGGGAGGUAAACCACACGGUACGCCGGACCCCCAGAGUGCCGCUGGAUCGAUGUACUCGAACGCAAGCGAGGGUGGCCUGGACAUGUCACGCCAGGACAGCAUGCACGGCCUGGAGAGGGCUAUGGACGAGGUGACCCUGGAGAGGGUAAGGAAUUUAGAUGUGGAGGAUCUAGAUGACGAGGGCUGGCGGAUUGCGAGCCAGGAGAACCGUAUCGUUGAGCUCGGUGGCCUGGGUGAGGGCGCAGGUGGCGCAGUCACCCGGUGUCAGCUCAAGGGAGGCAAGACGAUCUUUGCCCUCAAGGUUAUCACGACCAAUCCAGAUCCAGACGUCAAGAAGCAGAUCCUGCGAGAGAUCAACUUCAACAAAGGCUGCGCCUCGGAUCAUAUCUGCAGAUACUACGGCGGUUUCCUGGAGCCCUCGACAGCAACCAUUUCCAUUGCCAUGGAAUUCUGUGAGGGCGGGUCCCUGGACAGUAUCUACAAGGAGGUCAAGCGGCUUGGCGGACGAACUGGCGAGAAGGUCCUCGGCAAGAUCGCCGAGGGUGUCCUGCAGGGUCUCACCUAUCUCGAGGCCAAGCGUAUCCUGCAUCGCGACAUCAAGCCCUCGAAUAUCCUGUUGUGCCGCAAUGGGGAGGUGAAGCUGUGCGACUUUGGUGUGUCGGGCGACUUCGGAACCAAGGGCGAGGCCAACACCUUCAUCGGCACCAGCUACUACAUGGCGCCCGAACGUAUCACAGGCCAGACCUACACCAUCACCUCGGAUGUGUGGUCCACAGGUGUCACAUUGCUCGAGGUGGCGCAGCAUCGAUUCCCCUUCCCGGCUGACGGCACAGAGAUGCAGCCUCGGGCGGGCCUGAUCGACCUCUUGACGUAUAUUGUGCAGCAGCCUAUUCCCAAGCUCAAGGAUGAGCCAGAGGCUGGUAUAUUCUGGAGUGAUAACUUCAAGCACUUCAUUGAGAGCUGCUUGGAGAAGAACCCGAAACGAAGGGGUAUGCCCUGGAAGAUGCUAGAGCAUCCCUGGAUGAUCGAGCUCAAGACGAAGAGGGUCAAUAUGGGCAAAUAUCUGUCACAAGUCUGGGGCUGGGAUGAUCCAAAGCAUUCAAAGUGAGAGAGGAUGACCGAACCUUUUUAAGGUGGAUGAUCCGCACAUUUAGGAAAGGGGGACGUUCACAAUACUCGAUUACAACACCACCACCAAAGGCAAGGCCUAGGAAAGGCUGAGGCCGCUCACCAUUAAAACGAUGCCGUUGCACAUUUUCCAAUGGAUAUAUCAUGGCAGACCUGGCAUCACUCAUACCAACUGCCCCCACGACCGGCAGAGAGGAGGACCGAAGUCCUCGUACGCAGCAGGAGCAUCGAGCGACAGGCUCUCACAAGCGCAGGAGUAGAGGAGGGAAAUUGGAUAAGUAGCAUAGCUAAGCCCAACAUAUUAGCAUUGGGCAUGCUGAGAAAACUGCCUUCAACAUUAGCAUCGCAAGCAUAGCAAGCACUUGAGGGACCAGGAGACAUUCUUGAUAUCUGCGCCAUAGCGAGUACCAGGGACUCAUGGGCGUAGGGGAAAUUCUUUCCAAGAGACCGAAAUGAUAGAAAGAAAAAAAACAAAACCAAAAAGAAAUUUGCGAAGC